UCCCCGUUUUCAGUCACGUUUGAGUCUGGCGAUCCUGUCGAUCAGCUGUUCUCUUGCUUGGGUGCUUCUGUGUAAACAAGUUUCGUCAUGUUUAGUGAUUUCUUAAUAAGGAUAGUCAUAGAAAUAGUGUUGUGAUAUUUCGGAACUACUUUUAUUUACACAUAAACACUUGAAUUCUGAAGAAAGCACAAAUGUUUAUGACUGAUGAAAUUUACAAGUAUUUUUAAAGUUUUUUUUAUAUCGUUUUAUCAUACAUAUUGUAUGCUAUAUACAAAAUAGAACCGGAAAUGCCGUCAGAUACCGACAUUUCUGCUUUAUAUCCUGAAUCUUCGAGGAUUAGAGUAUCCAGAGAUUCAGACACAGUUAGGAGCGAUGACGAAGAUGCAAUUCAACCUGGGGGAUGGAGUCCACUACUUGUUUUGGCAGGAGCUACAUGUUGUUUAGGGUCAGCUUUACCUGCAGGGUUUAAUAUAGGAGUGAUUAACACUCCCGCAAAUUUAAUCAAGGAUUUUUGUAAUCAAAGUUUAGAAGAGCGAUAUAGAAUACAAGUUUCGGAAGAAGGGCUCAAUAUACUAUGGUCCGCCAUAGUUUCCAUUUUUCUCAUUGGCGGCGUAUCAGGGUCAUUAACUGCCGGUCUUUUAGCAGAUAAACUUGGCAGAAAGGGUACUUUGGCUAUUGGAAACCUCUGUGGUGUCAUCGGUGCUUUAUUAUUUUUUCUGACACCAAUUUUAAAUUCAGUUGAGCUUUUGCUAGCUGGACGACUGAUAGUCGGUUUAUCUGGAGGUCUUGCCACCAGUUUAUUGCCAAUGUACAUGACUGAAUUGGCCCCUCUUAGACUGAGAGGAGCCGUAGGAGUAUUGUGCCAAUUGGGUAUUACUACUGGAGUACUUUUAGGACAAAUCGUAGGAUUAGACACAAUUUUAGGUACUGAAAAAUUAUGGUCGUACAUGUUGGCUGCCUUUUUGCCACUAUGUGUUCUAGCGCUGCCCUUGACUUUAGUCUUACCGGAAAGUCCGAAAUUCCUCUAUGUUAUAAAGGAGCAGCACGAAACAGCCAUAACUGAACUGAGUCGUUUACGUAAUAUGGACGUGAUUCUUUUGCGUAACGAGGUAUUGGUUUUGGAACAAGAGCUCACACUCAGGACAUCCAGCGAUAAUUGGACUAUUAGUAGAGUUUUGAAUGAUCAUUGCUUGAGAUUGCCCCUUGUUUUGGUCAUUUUAAUGCAAUUUGGUCAACAACUGAGUGGCAUAAAUGCCGUUUUCUACUAUUCAGAUUCGAUAUUCGAGAAGGCAGGAUUGGAUAAGACAAGCUCUCAAUAUGCGACCAUAGGAACGGGAUUGGCUAAUGUGUUUAUGGCUUUAGUUUCCGUUUUACUGAUGUCCCGAGUCGGCAGAAGAUCUUUACUCUUGAGCAGUUGUUACUUAAGUGCCUGUUGUCUAUUGGUUCUCUGUUUUGCAAUCGCAUUUAUACACUCUUCUAAAUACGUCCCAUGGCUGUGUAUAUUGGCUGUACAAGCAUAUGUGAUAUUUUAUGGACUGGGACUUGGUCCAAUACCGUUUUUUAUUGGAUCUGAAUUAUUUGAUGUAGGGCCCAGACCUGCUGCAAUGGCUCUUGGCUCAGUUGCUAACUGGGGUGGAAAUUUUGUCGUAGGAAUGACCUUUACAGCUCUGCAAAAUUUAAUUGGCUCCUACACUUUUCUCAUAUUUAUUUUGUGUAUUUUAGCCUUGUCGGGCUUCGUUAGGACUUAUUUGCCCGAAACACGUGGAAAAAGUACCAGUGAAAUAUCAUCGAUCAUGACACAAGGAUUUAAAUCUCGACCCAACCGUGUACUUAACACUUAUGAUCAAUAACACCGAAAUCUUAACCCUUGCAAAAUUGUCGAAUAUUGUUUCUAAAUUCGAGCAAAAUUAUAGAAAUUUUAAUAAUUGUGCAAGGGUUAAUUCAAGUUGAUGACAAUAGGGUGACCAUCAGUAUAAAAGUAAAUGUAAAGUAUUUUUCUUUGCGUUUUGCAAUAUGUACAUAUAUAAAUUAUAAUUUAUAGCUUAGACUUUAA